AUGGACCCAAAAGAUGGUCAACUACUCAAGUACGCCAAGGAAGAAGGCGACGAAGAGCAGACUAUCUCACCCAUGUCCAUCAUGAUCGAAUGUAUUGGUAACCUUUACAAAGCAAUGCACAAUCUUGGUCCGUUUGCUAGUCGAAUCGAACUUGGUAGAGCGAUGCAAACCAGGGUGAACCUCUUCCUUGCCAACAAGGAGUGGGACGCAAGCCGCAACCUCGAAUUCAAGAUUGAGGGUUUGAUUGAGCAACAACACCCUAUCAAGAUGGAGACUCCAUGUCAGUCAGGGCUGACACCCCCAUUUCUGAUGCGAGCAACCCCAAUCGCCGCCUGGUUGGUCAUGAAGCUACUCCAGGGCCCACCCCUGAACUUAGCACAAUCACAAACCAUCAUCUGA